AUGAAAUAUUUUUCAACAAGAGGCUCGCCAGAUCUUCUUACAUUCUCAGAAGUAGUCUUAAUAGGCCUGUCUAAAGAUGGCGGACUUUUUAUUCCACAAACGAUUCCAACUCUCCCUUCAGACUGGAAAACUUCCUGGUUAAAUCAUUCUUUCACUUCUUUAGCCCUUGAAAUUUUUUCACUUUAUAUACCUGACGACGAAAUUCCUCGCAAAGAUUUGGAAAGAUUGAUUAAUAAAUCAUAUUCAACGUUCAGGGCAUCUGAUAUUACUCCAUUAAAAAAACUCAGAGAAAAUCUUUACAUAUUAGAAUUAUUUCAUGGACCUACUUUCGCCUUUAAAGAUAUUGCGUUGCAAUUUUUGGGAAAUUUAUUUGAGUAUUUAUUGGAAAAAAAAAACUUGGAAGAGAGUUUAGAAGGAAAAAACACUACUAAAAGAGAAAGAAUUACAAUUCUUGGAGCUACUAGUGGCGAUACUGGAAGUGCAGCAAUUUAUGGUUUACGAAAUAAAAAGGAUAUUUCUGUAUUCAUCCUACAUCCCCGAGGCAAAGUGUCCCCCGUGCAAGAAGCUCAAAUGACUACCGUACUAGAUAAAAAUGUUCAUAAUCUUGCAGUUGAAGGAACUUUUGAUGAUUGUCAGGAUACUGUAAAAACACUAUUUUCGGACAGUCAAUUUAAUCAAAAGCAUCAUUUAGGUGCUAUAAAUUCCAUUAAUUGGGCAAGAAUUUUAGCACAAAUUGUGUAUUAUUUUCAUUCAUAUUUUCAAUUUUUUUUGUCUUUAAAUGUUUCGCCAAGUUCUCCUGAAGCCAAUAAUAUCAAACUUCAAUAUUGUGUUCCAACCGGUAAUUUUGGGGACAUAUUAGCUGGUUAUUAUGCUAAAUGUAUGGGAUUACCAAUUGAGACAUUAGUGGUAGCUACAAAUUCAAAUGAUAUUCUAGAUAGAUUUUUUAAAACAGGUAGAUAUGAAAAAAAAGUGAAUGAUGGUGAAGACAAUGGAAAAGGAGGACACAUAGUACAUGAAACGUUAAGUCCGGCAAUGGACAUCAGUGUUUCAAGUAAUUUUGAAAGAUUGUUAUGGUAUCUUGCGUACGGGUCCAUUGAUGCUAAAUCUGACAAAGAAAAAGUGAAUCUUGCUGGAUCGACUGUGAAUAAGUGGAUGGAAGAUUUGAAAUCUAAGCAUUGCCUAACUGUAGAAGGUGUACAUUUGGCAUUGGCAUUACGAGAUUUUAAGAGUGAUAAGAUAACCGACCAAGAGACAAUGGAAACGAUCCAUCGUUAUUACGCACCACAAGACUCCAGAACCCAAAUUUCAUACGUUCUGGACCCACAUACUGCGGUCGGUGUAGCAGCGGCCGAUAAACAAAAAAUUUCUUCGAAUACGCAUCUAAUUUGUCUUGCAACAGCUCACCCGGCAAAAUUUUCAGCUGCCGUUGAAGAAUCAUUAAAAUCAUUUAGUGAAUUUAAGUUUCAAGAAAUUUUGCCAACAGAAUUCGUUGGGUUAUUGGAAAAGGAAAAAAGAUGUGUAUAUAUAGAGAGAGCUGAUCCCGAAAUAGUUAAAAAGACUAUUGAAAGCGAGUUAGAAAGGGAGGUCAUUUAA